GCAAUCUUGACAGGUGUUGGGCUGCUGGGUAUGGAGAGGUCCACCCGCGGGGAUGUUCUAGUGAGCUCUGUAUAUGUCCAGCCAUGUCGUGCCAAGCAAGAUACUUUCCUUAUAUCUAUACGUCUUUCUUCUCCAAGAUCAGAACUUCUUCAUCGCAAGACACAUCCUUUCUCUCGAACUUGCAUCUUGUCAAAUCAGCCCCUGCAAACCAAUCGUCAUGGCCGAAAGAACUUCCGACGUCGAGAAGCCCGGUCUCGGUGGCGAUACACAGGUUGAAGAUGCCGUGCUUGCACUCGCCAACGAUGAGCGUGUAACUGCUUUCACGCCCGCGGAGCAGAGGAGCAUUAUUUGGCGGGUCGAUCGUCGGUUGGUCCUUACUCUUGGCUUCCUCUACAUGAUCAGUCUUAUGGACAGAACCAAUCUUGGUGCAGCUUCUGUUGCGGGAAUGCAAAAGGAACUACACAUGAAUGCAAAGAACAAUGCCUACACGAUUGUCUCCCUUGUGUUCUUCCUUCCGUAUGCUCUUUUCCAGCCACCUGCGACGGUCCUCAUCCGUGAGAUUGGACCUCGCAAGUUUCUCACUGCCAUUGUUGUCUUGUGGGGUGCCGUGAUGAUUGGCUUUGGCUUUGUCAAGAGCUGGCAGACAAUGGCUGUCCUCCGUGUCAUUCUUGGUGGCCUCGAGGCUGGUUUCUAUCCCGGCUGCGUCUAUCUCCUCAGUACAUGGUACCCGCGUUUUGAGCUUCAGAAGCGAAACGCUGUAUUCUAUCUCAUUGGAAGUAUGGCAUCCGCUUUUGCUGGCAUUCUUGCGUACGGUCUCAUGCAGUUGAAUGGACAUGCUGGCUUAUCCGGGUGGAGAUGGAUCUUUAUCAUUGAGGGAACCAUAACCUGUGCGCUUGGCUUCGCCGCCUACAUCGCGAUCGUCGACUUUCCGGAGCUCUCGCCCAAGUCAUGGCAUUUCCUUAAUCACCGUGAAGCUGCUUUCGUGGUUGCCCGUAUCGAGCACGAUCGCGCCGAUGUCAAGACAGAACCCUUCAUUCUCGGUGCUUAUCUAAAACAUGCUUUAGACAGCAAGGUUUGGGCAUUCGCCGCUCUUUACAUGUUUACCACCACCAACUCUUACGCCAUCGCAUACUUCCUCCCUAUCAUUCUCAGAGAUGGCAUGGGAUUCUCUGUUGCCAAGGCCCAAUGUCUCGUUGCACCUCCAUAUUGCGCAGCCGCAGUUGUCAUGGUGAUUCAAGCAUAUUACGGAGACAAGUGGCAUUUACGUGGUCCCAUCAUUGUGUUUAAUGCAGCUAUUGGCGUAGUCGGUCUAGGCCUCUUGGGCUACGAUAAGAACAGUGGAGUUCGCUACUUCGGCGUCUUCCUUGCCACUAUCGCGGCCAACGCAAACUGCCCCGCCCUUCUCACCUACCAGUCCAACAAUAUUCGGGGUCAAUGGAAACGAGCAUUUACAUCAGCAACGCUCAUCGGAGGCGGCGCAAUCGGUGGGAUCAUUGGAACAAGUGUUUUCCGCCCGAUUGACGCACCUGGCUAUCGCCCCGGUAUUUUGGCUUGCCUUAUCUCCCAAGCUCUUGUCAUGGUCACUGUUGCGGGACUGAGCUGGAAGUUCCACCUCGCGAACAAGAGGGUAGAUGCCGGUGGAAAGCCGAUUGAGCAUCACCCUGGCUUCAAAUACACCUUCUAAGUUGGAGAUGAUGUGUGGGGAUGAAGCGGUGGAGCAUCAGAUCGAUUCUAUGUGAAUGUGCUGUGGUCAAUUUAUGCCGGGACGGUGUCUUGGAUAUGGUGUUUCCUAGAUCACAUUGAUACUCUACAA